AUGGCCACCAAAGUCCGAGCACAUGAGUUGGUCACCAAGUCAAAGGCCGACCUCACCAAACAGCUUGAGGAGUUGAAGACCGAAUUGGUGGCUCUCCGUGUUCAAAAAGUUGUUGGGGGUUCAUCUUCCAAGCUUACCCGCAUUAAUGCUGUCCGCAAAGCCAUCGCCCGUGUCUUGACAGUAAUCCAGGCCAAGACCCGUGAAAACCUUCGAGAGUUUUACAAGGGAAAGAAAUACCAACCUCUUGACCUCCGACCAAAGAAGACCCGUGCUAUCCGACGAAGGCUCACCAAGCACGAGAAACACUUGAGGACGGAAAAGCAGAAGAAGAAAGACAUCCAUUUCCCCAAACGAAAAUACGCCCUCAAGGCAUGA